AUGGGAGUCCCAGUCAAGGGGUUUUUGAAAAGCCACGUGAGUUCACCCCUGCGAUACCUGGGGGAGACCGAACGAUGUUACCCCCGCGAUGCGGAGGGAAUAGCAAAAACCAGGAAAAGCCGGGGAGUUGCUCCGAGAGCCUCCAGGCGCCUGCGGCAGGGGCAGGAGGCGGGCGCGGGGCGGGGGCGGCUGGAGGGGGCCCCGGCCGAGGGGCUGCCGCCGGGGCCGGCCCCCCGCUGUCCGGCGGGAGAGAAAGGCACCGAGAGCCGCAUUCGCCGACCCAUGAACGCUUUCAUGGUGUGGGCGAAGGACGAAAGGAAGCGUCUGGCGGUGCAAAACCCCGACCUGCACAACGCGGAGCUCAGCAAGAUGCUCGGCAAGUCCUGGAAGGCUCUGAGCCUCUCACAGAAGCGUCCCUACGUGGAGGAGGCCGAGCGGCUGCGGGUGAAGCACAUGCAAGAUUAUCCCAACUACAAAUACCGGCCCCGGCGGAAGAAGCAGGUCAAGCGGAUCUGCAAGCGGGUGGACCCCGGGUUUUUGCUGGGCAGCCUGACGCGGGACCAAAACACAGUGCCGGAGAAGCGGACCUGCGGCCGGGCUGGGGGAGAGAAAGAGGGGUCGGGUGAGUACGCCCCUCGCCCGGGGCUGCCAGCCGUCCGGGGAUACCGGGAGGCCCCGGGCAGCGGCAGCAGCACCAGCGUGGACACCUACCCCUACGGGCUGCCCACCCCCCCGGAGAUGUCUCCGCUGGACGCCAUAGACCCUGAGCAGAGCUUCUUCUCCUCGCCCUGCCCCGAUGAGCAUCACCGCUCCCACCUCGCUGGAGCCACCUACUCCCCGGAGUACGCGGGCAGCUCCCUCCCGUGCAGUCACCACCCUCUCAGCCCCAUACCGCAGCCCACCACCUGCAUGAUCCCCCCGGCCUCCAGCUGCCCUCCCCUUCCUCCUCCUCCUCCUCCUCCCAGCUACUACACACCUGCCUUCCCCUCCCUGCAUCCCCCUAGCCUCCAUGCCCACCUGGGCCAGCUCUCCCCACCACCUGACCACCAUGGCUUUGACACCUUGGACCAGCUGAGCCAAGCCGAGCUCCUGGGUGAGAUGGACCGCAACGAGUUCGACCAGUAUCUCAACAACCCCGGCCAUGGUGACCACCACGGCGGGGUCUUGGUCAAUGGACACGUCCCGGCGGCUGGCGGCUCCCACACCUCUGAGCCCAGCCUCAUCUCCGUCCUCGCCGAUGCCACGGCCACCUACUACAAUAACUACAGCGUCUCCUAG